UUAUUUUAGCAUAUAUGUAUCUCUUACUUCAUUUUUUCUCUCUUAUCUCCAAAUUGGUUCCUGUUUGUGUGUGGAUUUGGUAAACUCUGGUAUUAUAUAACAUAAACAUCUACUCAUUCAACAACCCUAAAGGGAAAAAGAAGAAGUGAAAAUGGGUGAAGAGGGUGAGAAAGUAGAAAGAGGAAAACUUCCAGUGAAUGAACAGAGGAACUUGAUGACAGCCACCGGUGACGAAAAUCUCAAGGACAUUUUUCACACUAUCAGAACAACUAAAACUCCGGCUGUAAUCAAUUAUGGGGCUUCUUGGUGUCGUGUCUGCAACCAGAUCCUUCCUACGUUUUGGGACCUGAGCAAAAUGUUCCCAAAACUCUCUUUCGUGUAUGCUGAUAUUGAUGAAUGUCCAGAGACAACACUGAACAUUCGGUACACACCAACUUUUCAUUUCUACAGAGAUGGUGAGAGGGUUGAUGAGAUGUUUGGUGGCGGAGAAGAACGCUUGCAUGACCGUCUGUGGCUGCAUUCGUAGAUGAAGCUUUCAAUACCAAACUUUUGUAUGACAAGAUGUCCAAAACUUUUGUAUCAUCAAGUUUUAUCACAUUUCUAGAUUUACCAUGCACGUGGAAGAUUACAAUUAGCAAAACUAUUACUGAUUGUAUUUUGCAUACAAUGUGUUUCCAGAAAAAGAAAGCAAACCAAUUUGAUAAA